AUGCUCAAGAUGAUUGAAAAAAUGUCAGGUGUCUGCCCAGACUUUUGCAUUUGUAGCCAAAAGCAAUAUUUAUCUUUCGGUGGACUUCCCGUGUCUUGUGAACAGAAGGAACGGCACGGAGCCGACAGCCAAAAACCCUGUGCUCAUUUAUUCUUAGACUGUCUUUUUUCAAUCAGUUUUUUCUCUGGUUCUAUUUUAAUUUCUAUCCUUUAUACUUCUGUUUCUUAUUCUUCGCUUAUGACACCUUUUGAAAAAAAAAUUAAUCCAUUCCUUUAUUACUGUCCCUUACGUUUCAUCUUUUUAUUUUUUUUUCAUUCUUCUUUUUUCUUUUUCUAUCUCACACUCAUGAUUUUAAAGUAUUUCCCUUUUUUUGUUUCUAUCUCCCUCUAUCCUACUCCCACUCUAUUCUUUUCUCUCUUUUUAAAAUUCCUUUUCUCUUUCCUUUACAUUUGCUUUCCUUCAUUUUCGUCUUAUAUGCCAUUUCUUUCUAUUGCAAUAAUUUCGCCCUUUCUCUCAUCUUUAUUCAAUAUCUUACACAUACACACCCAUCAACACUUUACCUCUUCUUUGACGCAUCGCAUGACAUCUCUACAUUUCUCUCUCUCUCUCUAUCUCUCUCACUCACUCACUCUCUCUCUGUCUAUCUAUCUAUUUCUCACUCUCUCUAUCUCUCUCACUCACUCACUCUCUCUGUCUAUCUAUCUAUUUCUCUCUCUCUCUCUCUCUCUUCUAUUCUUUUAG